GAGCUAUCUCAAACUAUCUCAAUGCAUCCGAAGACGAAACCAUUACAUUUGGCACACCAAAGGCUGGCGUCAAGAAUUACCCAAAAAUUACGGAGAGGAGUGGUGUUUAAUUGUUCCUGAGGGAAGGCAAGUCCAGAUAGACUUCGACAUGUUUGAUCUGGAGGAUAGUAAAGGCUGCAAAAACGAUUAUGUUGAGUUCCGUGAAGCAGAAAUUGAGCCUGAUGAUCCCAAAACUAUCACUGGUCGGUACGGUCCAAUACUGACCGGACGACUGUGUGGAAAAACCAAGCCAGGUUCAAUAAAGAGUAAAGGAAGUAUUGUCUGGGUUCUUUUCAAAAGUGACUGGAACUCGACCACGGUUUACAAAGGAUUCAAAGCUUCAUUUAAAGCAGGUUUGUAUUAAAUCACCAGUGGCUGUUAUCAUUAUCAUUAUCAUUUUUUGUUACAUGAUAUAUAAAGGGGAGACCAACCUAAGCAUUAAGUAAAGUAAACUGGACUUCGUUUUUGUAAUUUUUUAAAAAAGCUCUUUUGCCUAUUUUCUUAGUCUUCCUCUCUACUAUGUAAAUGUGACAGUCCAAAACAAGACUUCCCCUUUCUUUUCUGAUAAUACGUUGGCUCUUUUCCCUUCCCCUGCAAGCUGUGAAACGUAAUUGGCGCGGGAGACGUGGCCCUAGGCUUAUGGCCGUCAUCCGAAAGCCUUAAGAGGCUGAUCGUUUACAGAUGUCAUCUUUAAACUGGCAUAUUUUACUUAAGGCCUCACUCAUGGGACGAGUUGCCAUCAAACUGAUGAAAAUGUCUUCAGCUAUCAAUAUUACUUAAAACAAAUGGGAACAAAGGACUUAAAUGUAUAAUGAAAUACCAAUAAUAAUGACAUUUGAAUCUCAUGGCGUUAAAAGUUUCUACUUUCAUCAUCAAACAAGGUCUCUUUUGUUCGUACGAGCCUUAUAGGAGCAGUAAUCACAUCGUGUCAAAAAUUACGAUGCAACGAUGCAGCGUGCAUAAGAAUGCUGGUUCAAAAUGGUCGAUAUCUGUUUAGAUUUUUUUCUUCCAGUGCUUGUUCACUCCCAGACGAAAGAUAACAUCAAAAUGUGGUAAAGCAUCGGUCAUUAUUCCACAGCCCCGCCCCACUUAAAACUCUGUUAGCGAUGAUUGAUCACCCCUCCGUUUCCCCUUAAAACCACAUGAUCCCCUUCAAAAUCCUCGGUCCCCUUCCCCUGCAGGUAAUAAUAAUGAAUGGCCCCUUACAACAGUAUAACGAUACACAAGCUGCAGCAAAGUGUAUACAUAAAUGAUAAAUAUCUUGUUUUGAAACCUAUCGUUUUAAUUGUUUUAGUUGGAGGACGAGGAGGAUCGUCUGCCAGCAACCCAUCGACAAUUCUUUUCGUCUUAGUUCUAAUGAUGGUCGCUUCGAAGAACAUCUUGUUCUGAUCUCAUCGAGUGGGUUUGAGUUUGAUCCAAGUCUUUUGUGUUUAUAUGCUUUUAGUUUUAAUACCUUGCACCAUAUAGGCGUAACUCUUGAAUAUUACCUAAAAACUUUCAUGAGCAAGGCGAGGACACAAAUAGCAUCGUCUUCUAAGUUUACAAAAUCUGUAAAGAGCUGCUUCGUUUAUGUAAGUAGACAAAAGUACCUCAACGAACGAUAAGUCAGUGUAUGGUGGCAGGUUACUCAAUUUUUUGGGACGUCGUCGAGAGGAAAAGCUGACUAUACCACGCAUAGCGCGGAAAGCUCCAAUAAUCUCUCACUGUCUUUUUAUUCUCAUAAAACCUACAGGUAUCUUCUAAUCAACUACGUUUCCAUCAAUAGCUUCCUCAUUUACAAUGUCUACCACUGUUUACUAGAGCCAAAUGGCAGCGUGCGUAUUAGAAAAACUAGUAGAUAUAUGUAUAAAGGGGUAAGUUUCUAAAGAAACUGUGGUGCUGCGUCGGUGGGAGAGUAUAGCAGGUCUGACGAAGGGCUAACGCUCGAAACGUCAGCUUUUUUACCCUUUACGGUGGCUAAUUUACGUUUUCAACCCAGUUGUUAACACUAAAUUACCUAGUAGAUAUAUGUUUUUACUACUAACGUGGUUUAUCUCGUAUAUUGUUGACUUUCAACUAAGAUGCCCUCGUCACGCACUGGUGUUAAAAUAUCAAAUACAAGCAGAUCUGUUUGACUUGCCCAAAUAGGAAGCCAAAUUUUACAUUAAAAAAAUGGGCGUGGAAUACCCAUUUAAGUACCAGCUAUGCUAAUUAAGAAUGCUCAGGUAUUUUCACUGGUGUUCAAGUACAAACACUCUGUGUACUGACCAAAAAGGUGAAUGACGCAAAUUUGUUUGAGGAUUAAAUCUUAAAAAACCUUUAACUUGAGCAGUCAUCGCUAAAUAAUUAGUAACUCAACCUCUUUGAAGCAGAAUGAUAUGAUCAAAAACUUCACAACAGUUUUCUCUCAUGUGCUCCCCUGACUUUCAACUAAAGUACAUCUUAGCGGUUCUCAGCUAUUGAGGUACGCUUCGGAACACAAUGUUAGGAGCGAUAGUCCGGCUGUAACUUUCGAACUUUUUAAAAAAAUCGUGGCCAUAUAACCACACCGACUUGGUUGAAAUUUGGCAUGAAGGCUUAUUUUAGGGUUCAAUUACGAAAUGGGUAUUAAAGCCGGCCUAGUCCGCCCAUACUUGCCCGCCAACAUGGCGUAUCGAAGGUGUUCGUAAGACUCCGACUCGAGUCCUGUCGUAAAUAUUUCCUAAAAUCUCUUGAAAUAAAUAAAAUAUCUACCCUUUUUCUUAACAUUUAUUGAAAAAAAUGUGGGAAAUGACAGAUUUGGA